AUGGCAUCCUCUGAUUAUGGAAAUCCUCCCACAGCCUUGCAGAGUUUAGCAAAUCAAGUUCAGGAGAAGCGAUUUUCGGGAAAGAAACUGGGAGAAAUAGUGCCAGGUAUGACUAUCUGGACUAAGAACCCAGAGUCUGGCUUUCGGCAUAGAUUUCUUCAAGUUGACGGGCGGUUGCCGAAUGAAGUGAAGAAGAAAAAGCAUAACGAGCUCGUUUUGACUGUUAACAGCAAUUGUGUGACAACGGUCGGAAUAUCAAACUUUGGCUGUUCAGCAAGUCUUAGCAGCAAGGGUAUCCCUAGUGACAAGUGGAAGUAUUUUGUCCCGAUUUCACCGACGACCAAGGAAAGUUCAGAUCAGCUUAGCCCAAUUCAUAUUGAAGGUUAUUAUGAAGGAGGAUGGGUAAUGCUGGUUCCAUGCUACAUACCCUUUGAUGAAAAUGGGAACUACACAGGCAGAGAGUCGAGUAUUGACGGAACAACACUAGGACAACUCUACUCUUACAUCAGUGUGGUCAGGCCAGAAUUUGAAAGUUUCAUCAGAGCACAAGUAGCUACAGUAACAGAAGUAGCAGCAGCAAAGAUACAAGGAGAAGUGGAGCAUGGGGCACUGGCAGCUGGCAAUGAGAUUCUGGCGGAGGUGGUCACUACAAAGAACAGAGCUGGGCAAUGUGUUGCACAGACAUAA